CUACGGUCGGAGGCAGACGUUCUCCGUUCUCCUGCCCUCUCAGCGUCCUCUCCGCGCCCCACACCCCCCCUCGCACACUUUCAUGACCCCCCUCACGUGUCUGUGUAGGAACACUUGGCUGAGAGCUGUGUUUAUCCGCUACUACGACCUGUCGCCCCACGCGGACAUCUGGGUCACGUGACACUGAAACUCGAGGACGUCCCCGUCUUGUUGUGGUAUUGUUGACAGUGUUGACGCAGAGCAUCACACAGCCAGGAAAAGAGCGCCCAAUCAUCUAGGUAGAGCCCGGAGCUCACACCACCAAGGUAUAGAGCCCCCGGAGCUCACACCAUUGAGGUACAGAGCCCUGGAGCUCAGAUGGAUGCGGUGUGUGAGCGCGUGCGUCGCGUCGCCGUCAUUAGUGAUGACGACCACAUCGUGCCUGACUGCGACGACCACAUGAGCGACUCUCACGACCCCACCGCCCUUCCCUGGGCCUCCGUCUCCGCGGAGCUGGAUAAGUACCUGCCCAGUCUACCAGAACAGUCGGUUCAGCCUCGACGCGACUCAGCCUCCCAGAUCGACGAGUUUUUCGAGGGCGAGGUGGAUCCCAAUACGGUCGGCUGGGUGGGCGGCCGACGAGGGGCGACCACCACCACCUAUGUCUCACCCGUCAGCCGAGACCCCCACGACGAAGACGUAUUUAUCAAGCCCGAGCCCAUCCCUGUGGACUCCAAGUUGACUAUGUGGGAGGACGUCACCUCCUCCAUCAGGCACCUAGACCCUGAGGCACAGGACUCCUCCCUGGGGGGUCACCUGGGGGGCAUGAGUGCCAGGGGCUACCACCACAUAUCUCAGCCCCACACCAACACCCACGUCAAGCUGGAGGAGCCCACGCUGACACAGUGCCACCUGUCAGGGGAGCUCCCUAAGUUAUUGUCCACUCCGUCGCCUCCCCCGCCCCUGAUCAUGCCACCUCGGCUGCCGUCCCUUUCCUCUACGCCCACAUCCGCCCACCCGGCCUUUAGAUUCCCCUCCACCCUAGGCCAGCCUACCAGGCUCUGUAUGCCGCCCACGCCGCCCGCGUCUGACCAUGGGUCACCAGCGGACCUGCACUUCCGUCGCACUCCACCCCCACCCUACGUGGUCCCUCCUUCACCCACGUCCAGCGCGGGCGUGGGUGGCAUCGCCGUGUGCACCACAAGUAUGGGUGGCGGGAGAAGUAUGGGCGGCCAACCCCUCAUGUUGUCCUCACCGUCGCUGCCCUCCACACUCCUCAACGACUCCGGUAUGGUCAAGUACUCCCGCAGGAACAACCCGGAGCUGGAGAAGCGACGCAUCCAUCACUGUGACUUCCCAGGUUGUACGAAAGUGUACACCAAAUCCUCACACCUGAAAGCCCAUCAGAGAAUACACACAGGUGAAAAGCCGUACAGGUGUCACUGGCCAGAGUGUCAGUGGAGGUUCGCCAGAUCAGACGAGUUAACGCGGCACUACAGGAAGCACACGGGAGCUAAACCCUUCAAGUGUAAGGUGUGUGAGAGAUCCUUCGCCCGCUCUGACCACCUCGCCCUCCACAUGAAACGACACAUGCCCAAGUCCCAGAAAUGAAUCAACGACAACAGAAAUUUGGCGACGAUUUUCUUAACAUCAGAACGUAUCUGACGAUGUGCUUUGUGCAAGAAGAACGACCAGUGACUUCAUGGUAUCCAGGAAACUCUCCCCCAAGUCUUGAGUAUUGCUUCUUUCAGCGACAAAAAAAAAUGUGACGGAAGGGAGGGGCUGCGUUGUGCUCGACCAUCACCCUUCAGUGGUAUCUAUACAGUGAAAGCGGGCAACAGCUACUGGUUAGGUAGGACCUUGAAGAUGAAUAAGAUGUGAUGGGUCGACUCUUGUUGUGAGGAGCGUCACUUCCAAGGGCAUAAUCCUUAGGAAACAUAAAACAUUCAAAUGCCGUCCUUUUGGAUUCGAAGAAAGCAUUUUAUAGCAUUUUAUACUUAUACAUACAUACAUAUAUAUAUAAAUAUAUAUCUAUAUUUUGUAACGGCUUUUUCGUAGUAUUUAAAGAAACGUGAGUUGAUAAGUCUUCUAUCGCCUGUGAACUGUGACGUAUAUUAUACAGUGCUGUUGACCAUUGACCUUCAACACACACACCACACACACUUCGAAUGAACCAUAAUACAUAUGCUUCGUGAGUUCGAAUCUCUCAUUUUGCUCACAGGAUACGAACACAUAACAGACUAUCGCGAAGGAACCUUAUUAAAGUGACUUCAUUAGUUCGAAUCUGUUCGUGAACCAACAGGCAGACUCAUCAAGGCAGACUAUCGUAAUCGAAUCCACUCUCUUGUAAAAUGAUUCGUGGGUUCGGAUCUCCCUCUUUUGCUCACAGGACACAAGGCAGAUUAUCCUGAAUGAACCCACUGAGACAUGAUUCGUGGGUUCGAAUCCACUAGAACGAGCUUAAGAUUUAUUAUUGUUACGGUAUCAGUGUUGAUGUUUACGCAAGACGCUACACAACACGACCAUCCGUAUCUAAGUUAGUCCACCAAUGCCGAGAAGGACUUUAACUUUUAAUGAGUAUAUAUGUAUCCACUCAUACAUGUACAGUGUGUCCCAAAAGUUCGUAUUUACAUAUCGACGAAAAGUGGAAUUCCUUUUUUAUUUUGUAGGAGUCGGUUCUGAUCAGCACAGGGAUUGAUAAAUAUUCAAAGAGGAUUAGACGGAAGAAUUAUAAUUGACAUCUGUGCAUGUAAGUCUAUAAGAUGGAAUAUUUUGAACGUUUUGAUGAAGUAGAAAGUAAACAGUGAAUUCUGUCUUAUGUAUAUGAACUUUUGGGACACCCUUUAUAUCCACCAUAUUGAUAAAACACUCAUUCAUUGUUUCAUCUCUAAGUACGUGAAUCUGAUAAAAUGUUCAUCCGUUUUUUUUCCAUCACUGAGUGUUCAUGUUCACGUUCAUUUUCCACAGUGACGUUCAUUAAUUUUAUUUUAAUACUCUCCCUCCCUCCCUCCCCACACUCAAGGCCAGGCAUGUUCUGUCGAUUUUUUCCAAACUUGACCUUUGAGAUAUUUUUACUCAGCGCUUUUUGGUUCCGUGUAAGUUUUUUUUAAAUAGGUAUAAUUGAAUCUUUGAGACGUCUUUUUUACCGAAGUAACACAUAAAUUUUCCAUAUUAAUUAAAUCGAUGAAGCGCGUGAAUCACUCUGCUUGUCGAAUCUUUGAAACACGUGACGCACUCUGCUUGUCGAAUCUUUGAAACACGUGACGCACCCUGCUUGUCGAAUCUUUGAAAUACGUGACGCACUCUGCUUGUCGAAUCUUUGAAAUACGUGACGCACUCUGCUUAUCGAAUCUUUGAAACACGUGACGCACUCUGCGUGUCGAAUCUUUGAAAUACGUGACGCACUCUGCUUGUCGAAUCUUUGAAAUACGUGACGCACUCUGCUUGUCGAAUCUUUGAAACACGUGACGAACGCUGCUUGUCGAAUCUUUGAAACACGUGACGCACUCUGCGUGUCGAAUCUUUGAAACACGUGACGCACCCUGCUUGUCGAAUCUUUGAAAUACGUGACGCACUCUGCUUGUCGAAUCUUUGAAAUACGUGACGCACUCUGCUUGUCGAAUCUUUGAAACACGUGACGCACUCUGCUUGUCGAAUCUUUGAAACACGUGACGCACUCUGCUUGUCGAAUCUUUGAAACAC